AUGCAAGCCAGCACAGAGCACCUGCAAGAUGGAGCUGGGCAGGCACAGGAAAACGCCAUGAUUCACGUCAAUCCGGACACACCGAUGCAGAACGGUGGCUGGAAAAGAAAACAAAUGGCUUGCCGAUCGGAUGCACUUUCGGCAGCAAUUAUUGGCCAGGACGCAACUGUUUCCGGACGCCUCGACAGCGCAUCUGUUGUUUUCGCGACAGGCCGGGAAACCAUGAGAUCGCUACGGGUAGGAUCCGUGGAGUUCCGCGAUCUGGAGUUUAGAGCGAGCAAACCGCCAUUUACAACGUCGAUGGCCAGCGAUUGA